AAUAUAAAAAGACUGAUAGUUGCAGUGCUGUUUAUUCAAAAGAGGAGAUUCCUUGCUUUGGACCAUUAGGAUGCAGUUCAAUAAAUAUCUGUUCGUCUUCUCAACUAUUGUCAUCUGUGCUUCAGCCGCACAUUUCCUUGAACAAGAAUGGAACGUGUGGAAAUCCAAACAUGAAAAAGAAUAUGUCACAGAAAAAAGAGAGAUGUUUCGUAGGAAAGCAUGGGAAGCUACAUGGGACCUGGUACAGAAACACAACCAGCGGGCAGAGCAAGGUCUUGAAACUUACACUCUUGCAAUGAAUCAGUUUGCAGAUCUGACCCCAGAGGAACGUAAACCACGCAGUUGCUUUCGCCUGAAGAAUAAAUUCAUACCAUCAAAUCGUUCUACAAUCCACCAUAGAAAACUCACCAGCAGUCCAGAUACAGUCGACUGGAGAGAAAAGAAUUGUGAUACUCCAAUUAAAAGCCAAGGUCACUGUGGCUCAUGCUGGGCAUUUGCAGUGGUGGGUGUUAUUGAAAGCCGUUACUGCAUUCAGACUGGUAAACUCAUUAGACUGAGUGAGCAACAGCUUGUCGAUUGUGAUGAGACAAACGAUGGAUGCUGUGGUGGGAUGCCAAUUGAUGCCCUGGCAUAUACUGCAGAAUAUGGCAUUAUGAGGAACAGAGACUAUGAGUAUGCAGACAAGCAAUCUGAGUGCGCAUAUGAUGAAGAUAAAGCAAUCAUGUUGAAUGUGGAAAAAUACUAUAAGCUUCCUGGAGAAGAAAACAUGGCACGAGAGGUGGAACUUAAUGGACCAAUUACUGUUGGAAUUGCAGUUAGCGACACAUUUAUGUUUUAUAAAGAAGGGGUGUAUAAUGGAGAUUGCGCUGAAGAGCCAAAUCAUGCAAUAAUCAUUGUGGGUUAUGGAAGUCAACCGAGUGACGAUGAUCCAGAUGAGAUUGAAGAUUACUGGAUAAUUAGGAACAGUUGGGGUGAAACCUGGGGAGAACAUGGUUAUGGGAAAAUGAAGAGGAACGUUAACCAAUGUGGUAUAGGUUCAGAGGCAGCUGCUAUUGAUUUGACAGGCCUCUGAAGAACAGCUUGUGCAUCACCAAAUGAUCCUAUGAUUAUUAAGAAGUCCUUUCCUACUGCAGAAAAUGAUGUUCAAUUAAGAUAAUGAAAGUUUUGAAAUUUUGAGUUGUGCUGCGUUCUGUUAAGGCUGAUAUACAUUGUCCUAGCUUGCAAUUUAUUUUUAAGCAAAACUCUGUACUAGCUUUUAAUUAAAGAAAAUGAUUGAGAUAUA